UCUCCAACCGCAGCAUGUUGCAGCCUGAGUGGCCGGAUGUGGUUGAGUUCAUUAUGGGCCGACGGAACCGAGACGGCGUUUAGAGGGCAGCGGCGACGGAGCGACCGGGUAAUUCAAGCCGACGUUCGCCGCAGAGAGACGUCGAGGCCUGUGAAGGGUCAAAAAACCUCCGUCCAGCAUGACCAACUCCGUCAGCUCCUUCCUCACCUCCGCCCCCAAUGACACGAACGUGGAAAAUGACAGCGUGGUGAGCAACGACUUCUCCACCACCCUGGGCGCCCUCAUCCUCGGCUUGGUCUUCCUCGUGGGCGUCCCCGGCAACGUCUUCAUCGUCUGGAGCAUCCUGGCUCGCACCCGACGACGCUCGGUCACCACCCUCCUCAUCCUCAACCUGGCGUUCGCCGACGGCUCGCUCAUGGCCAUCACCGUCUUCUUCAUCGUCUACCUGGCCAAGCAGUCGUGGGUCUUCGGCGACGUCAUGUGCAAAGGCCUGUUCUACCUGUGCAACACCAACAUGUACGCCUCCAUCUUCCUGAUCGUGCUGAUGAGCGUGCACAGGUUCGUGGCGGUGGUGCUGCCGAGGAGGACGUCCUCCCUCAUCACCAUGAAGGUCGUGAGGAGGGUGAUCGUGGGCACGUGGGUGUUGGUGAUGGUCAUUUCCAUCCCCUCGCUGGUGUUUCGCGACGUCAGGGAGGACCACGACGAGAACAACAAAACAAGACACGUGUGCGCGCCCAAUCACACGCUGCCUCGACACGUGAGGUUCCAGUACGCCUUUGAGACGGUGGCGGGAUUCAUCCUCCCGUACGCCGUCAUCAUCACGUGCUACGUGCUCAUCCUGAGGCGCCUCAGGCAGACCAAGUUCCGCAGAAAGGUGCGCAGCGAGAACCUCAUCCUGGCCAUCGUGGUGACGUUCGGCCUUUUCUGGCUGCCGUACCACGUCAUCAACAUGAUGCAGGUGGCGGCUGAGUGGUACGACAAGGAUUCUCCCAAAAGACAGAGAUUGGACCACAUCACUCAGUCCAGUCGGGUGGUGACCUCGGCUUUGGCCUUCAUCAGCAGCUGCGCCAACCCCAUCCUCUACACCUUCGCCGGGAAGUCCUACAUCAAGCAGAGCGGCUUCGCCUUCAUGGCUCGGCUCUUUGAGGGCACGUCACUGGACCAGGCUGCGACAAAGAAGGGCAAAGACGCCGUUGGACUCACUACCGUUGACUCGACAAGCGGCUCAGGUCCUGGAAUCCACAUUACGCCCAACGGGAGUUGAGCACUUUGACUUUGUGCACGGGUGAAAAAUCUGUAGGAACACAGGUGGAGCUUGUAGAUUGUUUUAAAUGCAAAACCUGAGAAAAUAUUUUGUAGUUUGUGGAUCGUGUUGAAAAGUUGACUGGACAGCUGUACAGGGACAACACAUCCGUUUAAAACCUGUAGCGUUACCAGGACUGAACUUUGUUCGGUCAGUUACAGAACAUUCACUUCUAAAAAUGUUUAAGCAAUUUGGUCAACUACUUAAAUUUUGACUGCUUGAGACUCAAACCAGCUGUACAGAUUUCUAAAAAUCAAAUGAGCAAAUUAUUUGUAAACUUGAAUUUGAAGUUUACGGAGUUAGUAGAAAUGUUUGUACAAGGCGUCAAGUCUCCAUUUUAUUUCGUCAUGACAGCAUUUCACAAUGAGUUCAAAUGGAUUUACCCCAACCUGAAUCUGUCGUCACGCAGCCUUCUUGGGAAAAUGGCUUCCAAAGCUGGAAAAGAUCCAGCUUUGUUAAAUUAAAAGGUUACCUGCUUAGUCUACAGCAGUGGUCCAACCACAGAACGCUUACAUUUCUGGAAAAUGUUUUAUUUGGAAAAAUUACCAGACUUUCGCCUAAUUACGUGCGCUCGUCCCUCUGACAGAUUCCCCACGACGUUUUUCUUGUCCUUUUACCGUGCACGGCAGUUUCGCCGACCAGCGAACACAGCACACGACUACUAUCCCCCCCCCCCGUUGAUCGUUCUGCCACCGCCUGUCGGACCGUCAACCGGUCCGUGAGGUAAAGGUUGGGGACCACUGGUCUACAGUAGUUUUUGUAAACCCAUGGGUCAUCAUCCAGACCCCCACCCAUAAACGCCCCUUUUAAAAACAGCUGAAUGAGAAUAUCUAAAAGCUCGAAAUGACAGCAAAGAAAACACAAUUUAAGUAAAUUUGCUUUAUUCAGCAGUGAAAAGUAAGUUUCACAACAAAGCUGUUAAAGACAUUUGAUACACAGCAAACGACAACGUAAACACAAACUCUAUAAAGUGGGUGAUCCGUGGACUGUUAGGGGAACCUUCCAGUUACCUGUAAACACAAAAAGGGAAGCAGAUAUGUAAAAAAAUAAGUUAAACAACCAAAAGUAGUCAGCCAGCGGUGCUUUUCAAUCAGAAUUAAGUUACCGCAAAGAUCACAGACAGACAAUAGCUGCAGGAGAUAAUUUUUCCAAAGCUAAACAUUCACUAUAUUAUCAAGUGUCUAUACGGUGUAUUGUUCUGCUGCACCCUUACGCAUUACUAAAAUAAAACUGGUUUUGUCUGGCAUGCAGAAUCAAAUAAAUCUUUAUAUGAUGCACACAGACAGAUUAAGGCAAUCUGAACAGAGCCACUUGUACGGCAACUGCAAACCCCAAAACAUGUUAAUGCAGAGAUGUGGUUUUUAAUUUGCAAUUUGACCUACAGAGACCCAGUAAACUGAACGUAUUAACAUUAAGUGUGAAUCAUUGUACACAAGGAGAUACUGACCUCAUCGAGACAGCCAAAGUCCAGGCUUUUCGUUCCUAAAACAAAAAUAAUAAAAAGGUUAGUUUCUGCUUUGAAACCAGUGAGCUUCCUCCCUGCGUCGGUUCUUCAAACCCAUCAGUGCAGUGAAAGAGUAAUCAUGAGUUUCAGCUGAAACACGGACUCACAUGCAAAUCAUCAUUGAUGUUUGAAGGUUUAAAAGUGGCUUGGAGAUGUAAAUAAAAGAGAUCAAAUUA